AAUGUCAAGCAUGUAUUUUUCGCCGGUUGAAUUAUUUUCUCUGGUGGUGAGAGCCACUCGAUCGAGACGUUAUAGAUGAGGCAAUAAACGAGCCUGAGUCAAAAUAAAUUAAACACGAGUGUAGUGGCACAUUAUCAAGGAAUUAUAUAACCAGAAAUCCGGGAUUUUGCAGUGACAGCCGGAUCAUUACUAAAGCCCCCAGACAGUUCUACACAGCUGUGAAUUCACUGGAGACACUGGAGGCACUGGAGCCGAUCUGUCCCGGUGUAGGAUGUUACUAGCAUCCGCCGUAGUGGUAUGGGAAUGGCUGAACGAGCACGGACGCUGGCGGCCCUACAGCCCGGCUGUCUGUCAUCACAUCGAGGCAGUCAUCCACAGCGACCCGCGGUGUGGUAGCGUUGUCCUCGGCCAGGUGGACUCCCGCCUCUCGCCCUACAUCAUCGAUUUGCAUUCCAUGCACCAGUUCCGACAAGACACAGGUACCCUUCGACCGGUACGACGUAGCUUUUACGACCCCACCUCAGCACCAGGCCAGGGCUGGUUGUGGGAGUGGGAGAACGACGCUGGCAGUUGGACGGCAUACGAUACAGAGGUGGGCAUCGCUAUCCAGGCUGCACGCGACCGUCAGCAGCCCUGGCUGGACCUGGCACCACUGGGUUUCUGCUACCUCAUUGACUUCGAAAGCAUGACACAAAUCAACGGGCAGACACAGCGCUGCCGACGCAUCCAGCGCCGCUCCGACCUGGCUUAUCCGCUAGUGUCAGGGCCCCUGCCCAAGUCCCACCAUGCCUGGGGGCCCACAUCCAUGCCUGGCCAUGGUGGAUUGCUUGGUGUGGAUGUAUCUGGAAUGGGCAUGGGGCUCAGGAUGAGCAGCAGUGGGAAUGGAAACGGGAGUGCGUACCCCAGUGGAGCGCUCCCUGCUUCAGCCAUCACCUCUCUGGGACAGCCCUGCGCCUGUCAGCAGUGUAUGUUGGUGCUGAGUGUCAAAGCAGGCACCAUGUCGACUGCACACACUCUUGGUCGCAGGCCGCCACAGACAAAGCCCCCUAGUCCCAAAAUCAGCAGCCACGCUGUCCCAGGAGGGUCGUACUCACUCACCCUCCCCCGGCCUCCUUCCCUGUCACGAUCAUUUUCCCCAAACAGGACGUCCAUAGUUGGGGCGACAGGUGGCUUCAGUGUCGGUGGUAUGGGUGGUGCAGGAGGUGUGGGUAUCAUCAGUGGCAGUGGAGUUAGCAGUGCCAGCCUUGGUUUGCCACCUCCCCCUCCACCCACCACCACACCUUCAUCUGUCACUACCGCUCCCCCUCACCCAUCCACCUCUUCAUCCCUCUCUGCUUCCUGUCCUGCCCCGAUGGCACCCACUCCAGGGCCUCCUCUCAUCUCCACAGCUGCUUCCACCUGCACGCCCUCGCCUUCUGCCCGCGUCCUGGGUCCAGUGUCUUCAUCUGGUGCAGCUGCCUGUGCGGCCCCUUUGCCGCCCCGGUCCAGCCUGGCAGGACUGAGCCGGCCUGCACUGCAGCGCAUCGCCAUGGCUCAGUCGUGUGCCCUUAUCGCCUCUGGAGUGCCAACAGUUCCUGUGAAGAACCUGAAUGGAUCUAGCCCUGUUCACCCUGCACUGGCAGGCAUUACAGGAAUCCUGAUGAGUGCCGCCGGACUUCCUGUUUGCCUGACCCGCCCGCCUAAGUUGGUGCUUCAUCCUCCACCUGUGAGCAAGAGUGACAUCAAGCCUGUACCCGGUCUGGGCCACUGCUGCCGCAAGACUACCAAGAAGCAGGCCCGCAAAGGCAAGACACCAGAGGAGGUGGUGAAGAGGUACCUUCAGAAAGUUCGCAAUCCUCCAGAAGAGGACUGCACCAUCUGCAUGGAGGCCCUGGCCGGACCAUCAGGGUACAAGGGCCCCGGUGUGGGUGGCAUCUCCCGGGCUGAGUCGGUGGGCCGCCUGGCGCAGUGUGGUCACCAGUACCACCUCCAGUGUCUUGUCGCUAUGUACAACAAUGGCAACAAGGAUGGCAGCCUGCAGUGCCCCACCUGCAAGACCAUUUAUGGAGUCAAGACUGGCAACCAGCCCCCUGGCAAGAUGGAGUACCACGUCAUCCCCCACUCGCUGCCCGGCCAUCCUGACUGCAAAACCAUCCGCAUCAUUUACAACAUCCCUCCUGGCAUCCAGGGCCCUGAGCAUCCAAAUCCAGGCAAACCCUUCACUGCCCGUGGGUUCCCCAGACACUGCUAUCUCCCUGACAGUGAGAAAGGUCGCAAGGUUCUGAGGUUGCUCCUGGUGGCGUGGGACCGCCGGCUCAUUUUUUCUGUGGGCACAUCCAGCACCACUGGCGAGUCCGACACUGUCAUCUGGAACGAGGUGCACCACAAGACGGAGUUCGGCUCCAACCUGACAGGUCACGGCUACCCCGACCCCGGCCACCUGGACAACGUUCUCGAAGAGCUCAAGGCUCAGGGUAUUACCGAGGAGGAGUGUCUACCCAGAGACUGAACAGAGACGUUCAAGACACUGAAAACACGCAAAAACAGAUUGAGGUCUGUAAACAAACAAUACUGAUAAAGGAUCCGCAGUGGACAGAUGAGUUACUCUGAAAACCUGACAAAAUGAAGAGAGAGGAACUUUUGCCUCCAGAGAUGGAAAACACCUUCAAAAACAAUCCUCUUCACAGGAGCAAAGUGAAAUACUUGGUCAGCAGAAUGUGCUGCAAAUAACCGUUCUCUUAUGACUGAAUGGGUCCAUUGUGGGAAGUAAUUCUGUUUCCUGAUGCAGUAACAGUGUCAAGAUUGCAGAAGUCAUUCAGUGAGACAGUUGAGACCACUGUGCACAUACAAGUCAAUGUUAGGCUUUUUUUUUUUUUUUAAUCUGUCAUUUAUACUGUGAGACUUCAUGUCAAGAAUGUAACUAAGUGAAUUUUGCUGAACUGACUACUACUGCUGCUAUGUGGAACUGAAUGGAGGUUAAUCAGAGAUGUGUGAGGUCUGUACGUUUUAUAAAUGUUAGUCCACAAGCAGAAGAAACGUUUCACAGCAGAUAAAUAGUGUGUAACUGGUUAUCUGAGCAUGGAUAUUUGCCGACCUCUAGUGGUACUUUUUCAGAACUACAUUGAUUUUCAGGUUUGACUUAAAUUGUAUUGUUGUAUAAUAUACAUAUUUGAUAUAUUAUAAUGUUUCCAUUCUGUCGUGUUUUUUUUAAAUGUUUUGAUUUGACAUUUUGUUUUAUAUGGUGUGUUACAUUGCAUUGUUUUUGGGUGUGGUGUGGCAAACUGAGAUGUAGGGUAAAGAAGCUGCUGGUGUACCAGAGUUGGCCUGUCACUUUACAUGCCAUUCACUAGCCCCUUUGUUUAAAACCUAUAAUUUUCACUAUUUUGUAUUUGAUAGGUUCACAGACUGACAUUCCUUAAUUGUCCUGCCCUGAGGGGCAUGGGUUCAUGUAAUAACUUUCUAUCUCUUCUUGUAUCUGCAUUAUUGUUAAACACUGAUGAGGAAAAGCUACUCUGGAUUAUACUGUUCCCCCUCAGGAAGAGUAAAUUCCCAUAAAGCUAGGAUUGGACCUGCUGCCUCAGCUCAAAUUUGCACAGAGCUUUCUACUUAGUAUGAAAAGGAAACAGACAGCUUGCAUCUACUGUAUAUUUUGUGUAGAACGCACACCAGCCUCAAAUGAUCUAAUCACACAACACAAUGUGGUCAUCAGUUGUUUCGUCCUGUUUAGUUUUUGCAAUGAGCAGGUGUGAAACACACAGACCUGUCUGCAUUCAGUUCAUUGUGGACUGGUUUAUUAUGAGGUACGUUAAACUUUAUGUACAACAGUAGUAUGUGUUGACAUACUAACGUAGACUAACGUUUAAGGCAUUUAUACUUUAUGAUACUGUAUGUAUGCACUCUACUGUAUGUACAGUAUGUGUUUUAUGUGCCCAAAUUUGCAUUAAACA